AUGGAACGAUUUCAUUUUAAUCCAAUUCCAUUAAAUGAAUAUUCAAGAAGAUUCUUUCCUAAUAUUGAAACAUUUCAUAUUUAUAAUAAAAAAGAUAAAAUAUUUAAUGAUGGAAGAAUAUUUAAAUAUGUAAUAUGGUAUACAAUAGAUUAUUCAACAUAUUUAUUCGAAAAAGAACAAGAAAAUAAAUAUAAAAAUAUAGAAUAUACGGAAUAUGAUAGAAAAUCAUAUGGAAAUACAAUACCAUCAGAAGUUAAAUUACUUGGAUAUGGAUAUUUUGAAUAUUAUAAUGAAUUAACAUCAAUUAAUAUACCAACAACAAUUAAUGAAUUAGGAAUUUGUUGUUUUUACAAAUGUGCAUCAUUAACAUCAAUGAAUAUAGAUAAUAUACAAUUUAUUAGUGAAAAAAGAAUAUUUAUGAAUGAACCAGUGUUAUUUAGUUUUGAAGUACC